UUUAUCUGGGAACAGAAUAGAGAGGAAUAUACAGUACUAGAGCGAGCAGGUAACACUUUAUCACAAACGUAUGGUGAAUGCGUCUCUCCAUCUUCUCCCCCAUGAAAUUAUCUCCUCAUCUUUCUAUCAAUACCUCGCAUAGUACUUUUCUUUCCCCAACUUCAGCUUGUGUCGCUGAGUGUACACGAAGUAGACUGAGCAUAUCAAAGUCAAUUUAUCAUGCAUCUGUGGUUCAGAACAACUCCUUAUCAUCUGGCUUUUCUGUUUCAUCCAAAGGAGAAGACUCGUGUAAAUUGUUAUAUGCUAGAAAUGGUCCGGCAGAGAUGUUGCAGUUAAUGAGGUGUAAUGCAAGAAAACAAAGUGCUGAUAUGAACAAGGAGCAAGUUUUGGCUGAAGACUUUCGAGAAGAGGAUUAUUCCAACAGAGACAAGGGUUUUGACUAUGAGGAUGGUAAGGAAAAGGAAGCAGAGAGAAGAAGAAAGAUUGGAUUAGCAAACAGAGGAAAAGUGCCAUGGAACAAAGGCAGAAAACACAGUCCAGAGACUCGUGAAAAGAUCAAACAGAGAACCAAAGAAGCUUUGAGUGAUCCAAAGGUAAGACGAAAGAUGUCUGAAUGUCCACGCGUUCUAAGCAAUCAGACCAAGAUAAGAAUACGCACAUCUCUGAGAAAACUGUGGGGGGAACGCUUAAAAUGGAAAAGGUCAAGGGAGAAAUUCUUUCAGUCAUGGGCUGAAAGCAUUGCAAAUGCUGCUAAGGCAGGUGGGGGUGACCAAGAAGAACUAGAAUGGGACAGCUAUGACACGAUUAAAAGAGAGAUAGCUCUCGAACAGCUUCAGUCAGCUGCAGAAAAGGCUAAGGCAAAAGAAAUGGCACGCAUACGAGCUGAGAGAGCAGCACAGAGAAAGACAGAAAAGAUGCAGAGACUAGCUCAAAGGAGAAAAGAACGAGAAGAAAAACAAAAAGUUGAAGGAAAAAUAAAGAGACCGAGGAGACUGUCAAAGCAAGAGAAAGAAGAGCUAGCUGUUGCUGAAGAAUUGAAACUCAAGGCUAAAUUAGUGAAGAUUCAGAAGAAGAAGUCCACACCCAGUCAGGUUUGCAGAGAACAUCAACGAGCUUGGGAAAGACUUGAUGUAGGGUUCAUAAAGAGAGCACACGUACAAAAUACAGUUUCACUUGCAGAUCAGAUUCGUGUUGCCAAAAAGAGAACGGAGGUUGUGAAUGGAAAAGCCUUUAGUAUUACAUCCUCUGGAUCCGUUGAAAUAUCAGCAGAGGCCUAAUUGUGCAGUUUACCAGCGGAUUCAGAAUGAACCAAAAAAUCUACUUUCUCAAUUCAUUUACAAAUGUAGUGUUUUACUUCAUUUUUUCAGGAAAACUAAAUUUUGUGUAGCUUGUGGACCUCCUUUUCUGUAAACAUAAGACUCAGGAGUGACUACUGAUUGUAAUAUGAACAACUGAAUAGGAAAGAAGGUAAUCAUUGCUUUUCACUUG